GGAGCUGGCGCCGUCCUCGGAAUGCCGGCUGGGUGAGGCGGGUGUCCGAGCGUUCCGCGUCCCCAGGGCUGCCGUGUGCGCGCCCGGCUCAGUAUGCCAUGGGGAUCUGCUGGACACGGUGCUGGAGUCUCUUCAGGAGGGAGAAUAACCGCAUCCAGAGAUCUGGAGGAGGAUCCAAAUAUUUUAGAAGUUGCUCAAGAGGCGAGCACUAUACUAUUGAGUUUGAAAACCUUGUAGAAAGUGAUGAGGGUGAAAGCCCAGGAAGCAGCCAAAGACCUUUAAGCGAGGAAGAAAUAUUGGACCUAAAGGAAAGGCACUACAAUUCCAUUACUGAGAGACAGAAAAGAGACGAUUUCAAGAUACAGAAUGAGUUAGCCUUACAGGAGGAGAAGUUAAAACUAGAAGAAGAGGCUUUAUAUACUGCACAGCGUGAAGCUGCCAGGGCAGCCAAGCAGAAAAAGAUUCUGGAGCAACAUCGAUUACAGUGGAUAAAGCAGAAAGCUCAAGCUGCUAAAAAUGGAGAAAGCUCGGUAGCAGAGGAUUUUGAGGCCUAUUUGCAAAAUGUGAAAUCACAGUAUGAGGCUGCCAGGAGUAGUAGGCUAUCCUCAGACGCCAACGUUUUAACUCCUAAUACAGAGAGUAGCUGUGAUCUUACAGCCAGAACUAAGUCUACAAGUGGCAAUGAUGACAACACAUCCCUUGAUCUUGAAUGGGAGGAUGAAGAAGGAAUAAACAGGAUGGUUCCAAUGAGAGAACGCUCAAAAACAGAAGAGGACAUCCUGCGAGCAGCUUUAAAAUCCAGUGGAAAAAAGCCUGGAAGCCACACAGCCUCUGCCUCGGAUGACUCAAACGGACUCGAGUGGGAGAAUGAUUUUGUAAGCGCAGAGAUGGAUGAUAAUGGUAACUCGGAAUACGCAGGGUUUGUAAACCCAGUGACUGAACUUUCUGCCGGGCAGCAGAAUCGAUAGAAAAGACCAAGGAAUGUUGUACCAUAUAAAGAAAGCUUUCUCCCUCAUGAAUGUACAGAUUUUUGAGAGCCUUUUUUAUUCAACAAAGUGCAAUUUUCAUUGGUUUGUCCAUCCUUUAAUGAUGGACAGGAGGGGUAAGUAGUCAGGCUUUUCCACAUUCGUCCAAGUUCACGUAGAAAUGAUAUGCACUAUUUGAGAACUUGAUACUUGGGCAGUUGUUUUGCACUUUGUCUCCUAGUGUCAUUGACUUCAUGGAUUCUGGAUUGUUUUCAUUUUAUAUGGGUUUCGAUGACUGCACUCUAACUGUAAUUGUGGUUGCUUUUGUGAUAAACCUGAAGGUACAGUA